CCGGUGUAUGUUGGGAAUCGUCCUUACGCGUCCCGGCCCUGCGGUCCUUCCGGCCCUGAGAGUGAGGCACAGCGUUGUCCCGAGAGUCCCGACAGCCGGACUGGGCUCGGUUGAGGCCCCGGGAGUGCGCAGGCGCAGCCCCGUCCCUGCGCCCCCUGGCGGAGCAGCUAGAGGAGGGAACGCGCGCCUGGCGCCCGCUGGGGUUCAGUCUCCUCAAUAUUCUGCCAUUCCCUGAGACUGGAGUAUGGAGGGUGAGGAGGGAAUGACUUCUGGGUUCCUGAUAUCCAAGCUUCAGGAAUCAGUAACAUUCAAGGAUGUGGCAGUGGAAUUCACCUGGGAGGAGUGGAGACAUCUGGAGACUGCUCAGAGAGACCUGUACCGACGUGUAAUGAUGGAGAACUAUAAGAACUUUGUCUUCCUGGGGCUGCCUGUUUCUAAACUGGACGUGAUCUCCCUAUUGGAGAGAGGAGAGGCACCAUGGAUGCCCGAGGGAGGAGUGCCAAGCAGAUGCUGUCCAGGUUCCCAUACUCAGGAGACAAGAUGUGAAACUCAGGAAUCAGGAUGGAUACAGGGAAUUAGCAUGGGAGUAUCAUCUAAGAAAAUACUGAAAGAGGACAGUUCCUGGCAUUAUGAAAUGGGAGAAACUGGAGAAUUUGAUGUCAUUUUAGAAAUGCCGAAAGAGCGAGGAUCUAGACAAGUAGCAGGCACCCACCGAACAACUUUUAAUAUAGUGAGCCUACCUCAAUGUAAUACAUUCAGGAGAAGUUUUAGCCAAGCGUCUGGAUUUGCUUCACCAUGGAGUAGUGCUAUGGGGAAAAGUCCCCAUAAAUAUAAGACACUUGGUAAGAGCUUCAGGGGGAUUUCAGACCUAAUGAAAGGUAAUACAGUCUCCAUAGAGAAGAACCAUUGUAAGUAUAACACUUGCAGGAAGCCCUUCAGUUACCACUCAGAUCUAAUUAAAUUUCAUAGACUACAUGCUGGGGAAAAGCUACAUGAAUACAGUGAAAGUGGAAAGACCUUUGGCAGAAGAUCAGACCUUACUGGAGAGAAACCAUGUGAAAGUAGUAAAUGUGGAAAAGCCUUCAUGGACAAGAGACCCUUGAUUUAUCAUGAAGGAAUUCAUCCUAGAGAGAAACCCUUUGCCUGUAAUGAUUGUGGGAAAGCCUUCAGCAAGAAGGGACACCUUAUUAGCCAUGAGAGAAUUCAUACUGGAGAGAAACCCUUUGAAUGUAAUGAUUGUGGAAAAGCUUUCAGCAAGAAGGGACACCUCAUUAGUCAUGAAAGAACUCACACUGGAGAGAAACCCUUUGAAUGUAUUGAAUGUGGAAAAGGCUUCAUACAGAGGGGAGACCUUAAUAGACAUCAGAGAACUCAUACAGGAGUGAAACCCUUUGAAUGUAAUGAAUGUGGCAAAACCUUCAGGGAGAAGGGAGCCCUUAUUAGACAUCAAAGAACUCAUACUGGAGUGAAACCCUUUGAAUGCAAUGAAUGUGGGAAAGCUUUCAGUGCAAAGGGAACUCUUAUUAUACAUCAAAGAACUCAUACUGGAGUGAAACCCUUUGAAUGUAAUGAAUGUGAGAAAGCCUUCACAGAAAAAGGAGCCCUUAUUAGACAUCAAAGAACUCAUACUGGAGUAAAACCCUUUGAGUGUAAUGAAUGUGGCAAAACCUUCAGUAGGAAAGUAUACUUUAUUAAUCAUCAGAUAAGUCAUACUGGAGUGAAGUCACUUAUUUAUAACGAACAUAGGAAAGCUUCCAGUCCAAAGGCAUACCAUAAUAACUGUCAGAUAUCUCAUCCUGGAGUGAAGUCUUUUGAUUAUAAUGAGUGCAACAAAGACCUGAAUCUGAAGGGACACCUUGAAAGUCAUCACAAAGCUCACACUGGAGGGAAGCUUUUUGAAUAUGGGAAAGCCUUUAGUGAGAAAGGAUACCUUGAAAGUCAUCAGAGAACUCACACUGGAGAGAAGUCUUUUGAAUAUGAUGAAAGUGAAAUAGCAUUCAGUGAGAAGGGAAAACCUAGUAGAGAUCAGGACACACAUACUGGAGACAAACCCUUUGAAUGUAAUGAAUGUAGGAAAGCCUUUAUUGCCAGAGGAAGCCUUAUCAGACAUCAAAUAACUCACACUGGAGUGAAACCCUUUGAAUGUAAUGAAUGCAGGAAAGCCUUCAGCCAGAAAGUACACCUGAUUAAACAUCAGUUAACUCAUACUGGAAUGAAACCCUUCAGGUGUAAUGAAUGUGGGAAAGCCUUUAGUUUGAAGGGUCUCCUUGAAAGACAUCAAAGAACUCAUACUGGAGAGAAACCCUUUGAAUGUAAAGAAUGUGGGAAAGCCUUUAGUUUGAAGGGACACCUUGAAAGACAUCAGAAAACUCAUACUGGAGAGAAACCCUUUGAAUGUAGUGAAUGUGGGAAAGCCUUCAGUGAGAGGAGAACCCUUAUUAGACAUCAGAGCAUUCAUACUGGAGUGAAACCCUUUGAAUGUAAUGAAUGUGGGAAAACCUUUAGAGCUAGGGGAACCCUUGUCAGACAUCAGAGAAUUCAUACAGGUGUGAAACCCUUUCAGUGUAAUGAAUGUCGGAAGGCCUUCUCUCGGAAGGAUGAACUCAUUAACCAUCAGAGAACUCAUACUGGAGAGAAACCCUUUGAGUGUAAUGAGUGUGGAAAAGCCUUCAGUCAAAAAAUAUACCUUGUUAACCAUCAGAUAACUCAUACUUGCAUGUUGUAUCCUUCCAAUCCAACGUGGUUAACUUCUCAGCAUUAGUGGACACCCUUACUUAUGAGAUAAAUUAUCCUGAUGAAAAACUUUAUAUAUUGAAUAUGGGAAACUCUUAGGAAACAUCAGUGAAUUAAUGUGAAAGACAAAGAUUCUCAAUUGUAUGAUGAUGGAAAUUCAUCUGGGUGUCAUAAACCCAUAUCCUAGAAUCUAUGCUGAAUAACUGGGUAGAUUAAAUCAUGUGGGGGCAUAGUCAUCUUUUGAAAAGUCAAGUUGGUAACAAAUGUCACCAGUCACCAUAUUGUAUGGAGUUUUCAGAGAUUAAAAAAAAAAAGACUGUCUUUCCUUGCCAGUCUUUGCUGUAACACACCAAAGAUGCUAUUAGGUGGCAAUAGAGUUUCUUAAUUUGUGAAUCAAGUGGGCCCAAUUUUGGCAAAACCACUGAAAUUUCUUAUACUUGAUCAGCUCUCUCAAUUUUUUUUUGUUUUCCUUUUUAUUCCAAAUUACUCAUUAACAAAACAUUUGUUUGAAAAGCAUUAGCAUAUGUGAAACAGUAAUCUUUAUUUACACUUUGUUAAAUAAAGUAAAUGUAUAUUUGCUUCCACAA